AUGAGGAAUAGGAAAAGAAGGAAAGCUAUGAAGAGAAAUAAUCCUUAUCGUGUCUCUGAUCGAUCGUUGCCUUCGGAUCGUCCCUUCAACAAUCCCGCUGUCCAUGGAAGUGUUGAAGAAGCAUGGUUUGAUUCUGUUGCGGUACUUGAAUCUGACUGGAGUGAUGAAGAUUUCCAAAGUGCUUCCGAUGAUGUGCUCUCUCAGAGUGGCUUUGAUUGGGAAUCAUUAACUGGCCAUUCCGCUCGCAACUCAGUCAGUGAAACAGCAAGAGUGAAAUCUGAUGGACCUCUAAACGAGAUAAAGCCUGUGUUCGCUGAUGAAAUCUCCUCGACUUCCGGAGAAAAUGCUGGCCGGGAGGGCAGCUUGUUGGACAAUUGUGGAAUUCUUCCGCACAACUGCUUGCCUUGUCUUGCUUCUACUGUCCCUUCAGUUGAAAAGAGAACAUCCUUGAGCUCUAGUCCUCCAAGUACAAGGAAAAAGGCUGCCUUGAGACUUUCUUUCAAAUGGAAGGAAGGACAUCAUAAAGCCACUUUAUUUUCUUCAAAGGCACUUCUGCAACGACCUCUAGCUGGUUCGCAAGUGCCUUUCUGUCCCUUCGGAAAGAGAGUAACUAAUAGCUGGUCGAACAUUGAUCCGAGCACUUUCAAAGUUAGGGGAGAGAAUUAUUUGAGGGAUAAGAGGAAGGAGUUUGCUUCUAAUUCUGCCGCGUAUUAUCCUUUUGGUGUUGAUGUAUUUUUAUCUCAGAGAAAAAUUGAUCAUGUUGCUCGGUUUGUGCAACUUCCCGUUGGUGAAUCGUCCGGGACACUUCCACCUAUUCUUGUUGUGAAUGUUCAGAUUCCAUUAUAUCCCGCGGCAAUUUUUCUGGGUGAAAACGAUGGGGAAGGAAUAAGUUUUGUUUUGUAUUUUAAACUUUCCGCAAACUAUACCAAGGAACUUCCAACCCAUUUUCAAGAAAGUAUUAGAAGAUUAAUUGAUGACGAAGUAGAAAAAGUUAAAGGCUUUCCCGUAGACACAAUUGUACCCUUCAGGGAGAGGUUAAAGAUAUUGGGUCGUGUAGCAAAUGUGGAAGAUCUUCCUUUAAAUGCAGCAGAAAGGAAACUCAUGCACGCAUACAAUGAAAAACCCGUUCUUUCACGCCCUCAACAUGAAUUUUACUUGGGUGAAAAUUAUUUAGAGAUCGAUUUGGAUAUGCAUAGAUUCAGCUACAUAUCUCGGAAGGGGUUCGAGACAUUCUUCAAUAGGGUAAAGCUCUGCAUCAUGGAUUUCGGCCUCACGAUCCAGGGUAGCAAGGCUGAAGAAUUGCCAGAGCAGAUCUUAUGUUGUGUAAGGUUAAAUGAAAUUGAUUAUGUGAAUUACGAGCAACUUGGGUUUCUUCAGGAGUCCCUUGAAUAG